UUUUAGUGGUCUUAUAACACGGGGUUGUCCAAAUUCAUUAUUUAGUAGAUUUAAUUUUUAGGUUAAAUUUUGUGAGUCUCGUGGAUUUAAAAUUUGAAAUACCAUUUAUGGACUUGAUGAAUGGAUUGAAAAGCCCACACCUUGAGUUAGAAUUUGAUAAAAAAAAUUAUGUUAUUGUUCUAGUAUCCUCCAAAUUCAAAACAAUAAAACUCAUGACGAAAUCCAAUGUUUAAACAAAACAAAAAAAAUUCAUGAUUAACCAAAUAUAUCACUAGUUCUUUUACUUUUCAAAUACGGGCUAAUACCACCAGAAAACCCGAACUAUUAACUUUGUGCUAUUUGUAUUCUAAAGUAUCUGAUAUGACAUUUGUGUCCUAAACUAUUUUUCCGUUAGAGUUGACUGGCGUUGAUCGUUAGUUUUUAACAGAAAGCCUAAUCAGCGCUGAUGUGACAUCUGACGUGAAAUUUUAUUAUAUUUAUUUUCCCAUAAAAAUAAUAAACUACCAAAAGGAAAUUAAAAAAAGCACUGAUGGCAGCCUCACCUUCAUCUUCCUCGCGUCUCUUCAAACACAAUCGUCGCCUUGAUUCAACGCCGCCUGGAUUCAACUCCUGAAUCUCUUGAUGCCAGGGUUUCAUCGCCUUCUCUUUUCUUUCCAUACGCUGCGUACCCUGGAAUUCCUUACAUCCCUGCAAUCGAGCACUCAUCGUCCUCGACGCAAGGCGGAAGUUGAGGCUCCAGAGUUGGCUUUUCGAGUUGGUGAUGAAAUGAAGAAAUCCAUCUCUGCUCCCACCAUCAUAAACGAGUAAGGAAUUCAAAGAGGUGGAGUGUUCAGCUACUCUUAACAUGACUCCAUCAGCUUAAUUUCUUUAGCUUCUUGCAGCUUCUCCUUAGAAACCCUAGCCGAGAAUCGUCUCUUCCAAUUCCCGUGAAUGAGACGCUCUCCAAUCCCAAUUCAUAAUCUUUCCCUUCAUCCAAACAAAACCCAAUUACCCUUUUCCUUUAUCCAAACAAACCCCGAUGGCGAGAUGGGAAGAAACAGGGGCAUCUUCAACCGCCGUCGUCGCCGACUUUAUGGGAAGAUUGAUGGUGGAGCUUUUGAUUGGGUCGAUCUAUUGGAGGAGACAAAGGUGAAGGGGGUGUUUGGUGAGAGCGAUUGGGGAGAGGAGAUAAGAGGGAAUCGUCACAGUAGAUCCUUGCUUCCUCUGCUCAACGCCUGGGUCUCGAUCCCCCAGUUGAGAAGACGACGAGAAAGGAGGGAGCGGGAGGGCGGCGGUGGCGGAGGGAUUGAACGGCUGGGGAGGGAGUAUCGCAGGUGAGAAAGAGGUGAGGGGAUGCGGCGGGCCUGGGGGAGAAAGAUGAGAGGAUAGUUAUUUUAUUUUUUUAUUUAAUUCUUUUAGUUUGUAUUUAAUUUUGAAUUAAAAUUAUGAGGUGUCAAUGAUGUGGCGUCUACGUGGCAGCCACGUCAACAAAAGUCAAUGUCAAAGUUGACUUUCGUCUGGUCAACCGUCAUCUAUAAUUGUCAUAUCGAAUACUUUAGGACACAAAUGACACUAAGUUAAUAGUUCGGGUUUCCUAGUGGUAUUAGCCCAAUUCAAAAAUAGGUGCAAUCAUUGGGUCUCAUAUUCAGCAAGCAAAUGAACCUAAUAAGUGUUU